ACUUUCAUUAUUAGCUUAUGGACAUUAUAACAGAUGACAUUAGUUGAACAAAAUUAUAAGGAAUAACCUAAAAAAAUCAAAUAAGUGCCUUAUUUAAUUAUUUAAUUUUGCUUACAAUUAUUAGUGGCGAGUCAACUAAACAGAUAUAUUUCCUCUACUUUCAUUUGUUCAGAUUUGCCCAUGGUAAAAUAUCCAUUUAUAGUUACCGCUAAAACCCCAAAAUUCUGUUCUCAUAUUGCAUUUCCCCCAAAAUCAAAUUCUGUAAAUUGUACUUUAUUCAUCACAAAUCGUUCCCGCAGAUCGUUCAAAUUUCUGGCCGACGAUCCGAUUGAAAGGCUGCGAUUUGUUGCUGUUGGUUAACCCAACUGCAGUUCGGGUAUUUGCGUACGCAUCAAACGAGGCGCUCACCUUCGCAUGUGUUCGCUGUAAGACGUAAGAAAGAUGGUGAAACUGACAAUGAUAGCUCGUGCCGUUGAUGGCCUUCCGUUAGUAGAGGGAUUGGAUGAUGGUCGUGACGUGCCAGAUGCUGACUUUUACAAACAGCAAGUUAAAACUUUGUUCAAAAACCUUGCAAGAGGACAGAAUGAGCCAUCGAGAAUGUCAAUUGAAACAGGGCCGUAUAUAUUCCAUUAUAUCAUUGAAGAACGUGUAUGCUAUUUGACAAUGUGCGAUCGUGCUUAUCCUAAGAAACUUGCCUUUCAAUAUCUAGAAGACCUCAAAAAUGAAUUUGAACGCGUAUAUGGGAAUCAGAUAGAAACUGCUGCAAGACCAUAUGCUUUUAUCAAAUUUGAUACAUUCAUACAGAAAACAAAGAAACUGUACCAGGAUACUACGACUCAGCGUAAUAUUUCAAAGUUGAAUGAUGAACUCUAUGAAGUUCACCAGAUAAUGACACGCAAUGUACAAGAGGUUCUUGGUGUUGGUGAAAAGUUGGACCAGGUUAGCCAGAUGUCCAGUCGCUUGACUUCUGAAUCCCGCAUGUAUGCAGAUAGGGCAAAGGACUUAAAUCGACAGGCUCUGAUUCGGAAAUGGGCCCCAGUUGCUGUUGUUCUAGGAGUGGUGUUCCUGCUCCUCUAUGUCAGAAAUAGGUUCUGGUAAUGCUGCGGUUGAUGGAGCUCCAUAUUUAAAUACGGCGUUGUGCUUAAAUUUGUUAAAAAAGACAGCGCUUUAGUUUUAAGGAUGUAUCAGAUUUCACUGUCUUGGCUAUUAGCCAUGCUUGCCUUGAUCCUCCCUUAUUAAAAUCAUGUGAAAUAAUCGAUCAUAAAAUUUUAUCA